CGUCAGUCCCCACCCAGUUGACUGCACAACAGCCUUCAGAGAUUCUUAUGAAACUUACACAGUGAACAGCAUAACACACCCAGUUAUCUGCAGCUUACAACACAGUCAGUUACAACACAAAAACCCUGAGCUGCGUUCAUUCUUCAGCUUAUUACAACACUAAGAAAACAAAGCUUCGUAUGCAGUAAAAUGUCUUUCUACAGAAACGCCGUUUGGUUCGUUAAAGGUCUGCAGGAGUACACGAAAAGCGGUUAUGAAGCUGCAGCGAAGCAUUUUUCUGCUGCAGAUCUGGAGGUGAACCUCAGUGGACGGUCCUUCAUGGUGACUGGAGCCAACAGCGGGAUAGGAAAAACCACAGCGCAGGAGAUCGCCAACAGAGGAGGAACCGUUCACAUGGUGUGUCGGAACAAAGACCGAGCAGAAGCAGCCAGAAAUGAAAUAGUGGAACUGAGUAAAAAUCAGAACGUCCACGUCCACAUCGUCGACAUGUCGAGUGCCAGACAGGUUUGGGAGUUUGCUCAGAGCUUCUCACAGAACAACACGAUCCAUGUGCUGAUCAACAACGCAGGCUGCAUGGUCAACCAGAGAGAGUUAACGGACGAAGGUUUGGAGAAGAACUUCGCCACAAAUACACUCGGUACAUACAUCCUGACUACUGCCCUGAUUCCUGCUCUGAAGAAGGCUGAGGGACCCAGAGUGGUCACGGUGUCGUCGGGCGGUAUGCUCACACAGAAGCUGAACGUGGACGACCUCCAGUCCGAGAAGGGGACGUUUGACGGCACCAUGGCCUACGCUCAGAAUAAAAGGCAGCAGGUGAUUCUGACAGAGAGGUGGGCUGCUCAGCACAAAGAGAUCCACUUCUCCUCCAUGCAUCCCGGCUGGGCCGACACUCCAGCCGUCCAGUCGUCCAUGCCGUCGUUCCACGCUAAGAUGCAGGGGAAGCUGAGGACGCAGGCCAUGGGGGCCGACACGGUGCUGUGGAUCGCCGUGUCUCCAGCCGCCGCCAAGCAGCCCAGCGGACUCUUCUUCCAGGAUCGUAAAGCCGUGGCGACUCACCUUCCCCUCGCCUCGUCUCGGUCCUCGCCUCAGGAGGAGGAGAAGCUUCUGGCUGUCCUGGAGGAGUUCGCCCAAAAGUUCAAACCUUAAUAUUUCUGUAAACUGAAAACCAAAGAACACUCCUGACUAAUGACUAUGAAUGUUUACAGAAUCCAGUUUGAUCCAGUGAAGAUGCUUUCUACUGAUACCUCACAGUCAGCCUUUAAAUACCAACUCUAUAUUAUUUAUAGCCAACAUCAAACAUUGCUUAAUCUACUUAUCAAGUAUUUUAUGUGUAUUAAUUUGUGUAAAAAUGAUUAAACAGAUUAAUUUUG